CUUAUUCGCCUGUCCAGUCGUCAAUUGCUGGUCCGACGGAGCGCUUCGUGGUGGCGAAUUGUGGUGAUCUUGGCUGCUUUUCCGCGCGCGCAGUUGACUUUCCGGGGGUUGAUCUUCAAGCCUAGGAAUCUAAUUAGUGGAAGACCAUGGAACAGAUCAGCCACAGUGAGAAAAUGUUGAUAGUGAUCGUGAAGUUGUGCCUCUCGGACUAUUGAAGUUUGACUUUUCCUGGAGUGAUUUUCCUUCUUUUUCUUAUCCCGUUGAGAGUGCCUGAGAGAGUCCGCAACGCGGGGGUGUAAAUAUGAGUGUAAAUAAUCACAAUGGCAGGGACGUGGAGGGCGAGAGCAAGGGCGACGAGGAGCACCUGCUCAACCAUCAGGAGAGGAACAAUGUGAAUUGCCAUCAGGUGAACAGCGAGAAGAGCAUCCUGAAAACCACCGAAGAUCUCGAGGAUCUCUACAACAACAUGCCACUCACGGAGGAAACGACCUGCGGCUACUGGAUAUUCAAGGGACCCUUCUUCCAAAGGUUCGCCAACAAGAAGGCGUACGUGUUCCUGUACGGCGUGGUUGGAUGCAUCUUCAGCGCCACAUACGCUUACUUCAACGGCACGAUCACGACGCUGGAGAAGCGAUACAAGAUCCCAAGCAAGAACACCGGCAUCCUGUCGGUGGGCAACGACAUCAGCACCCUCUUCAUCUCCGCCAUUCUCAGCUACUACGGCGGCAAAGGACACCGUCCGCGGUGGAUAGCAUUCGGAUUAUUUACGAUUGUGUUGUUCUGCGUGCUGACUGGGCUGCCGCACAUUAUUUAUGGUCCUGGGGAGAAUGCACUCUCCCUGACCACGGAGUAUGGCGCCACAUUUGACGAGAACACCACCCACGAGGUCAUGGAGGCGCAGAAGAUGAAGACCCUCUGCAAGGCCAACAGAACAAUGCUCGAUGAUGAGUGCGAGACUGAAGAGGGCAAUUUAAUGCCCCAGAUCAUCCUCUUCCUCGCCCAACUCAUCUCAGGCGUGGGCAGUUCGCUGUACUACACACUCGGCGUCUCCUACAUGGAUGACAAUGUGAAGAAGUCCAAAACUCCCGCCCUCAUCAGCCUGUCCUACUUCCUGCGCAUGCUGGGCCCCGCCAUCGGCUACGCUCUGGCCUCUGUCUGCCUCAAGAUGUACAUUUCGCCCUCCCUGACGCCCACAAUCAACAACACAGAUCCUCGGUGGCUGGGCGCCUGGUGGCUCGGAUGGUUCAUCCUGGCGGGAGUUCUCAUCAUGUUCUCAUUCCUCAUAGGUCUCUUCCCCAAAAUCCUCCCUCGGGCGGCCGUGAGGAAGAGGAUAGCCGUUGAGAAGGCCAGACUGGGCAUGAAGAUCGACGAGGAGAUCCAGGCGGAAUUGCCGGCAUCCGUGAAGGACAUGAUCACGACUUUCAAGCGUCUCGUGUCCAACAACACUCUGAUGCUCAACAAUCUGGCGUCGAUCUUCUACUUCUUCGGCUACAUGCCCUACUGGAUCUUCACGCCCAAGUACAUCGAGACGCAGUACCGGCAGUCAGCGUCCGUGUCCAGUCUCGUCACCGGCACCGUCGCCCUAGUCUUCUCGGCCGUUGGCGUUCUGCUCUCGGGCAUUGUGAUCUCCAAGUUCAGACCCAGAGCGCGCUACAUGGCGGCCUGGAAUGUCCUCGUGGGCGCUCUGUCGGUCGUGGGGAUGAUCGGCUACGUGUUCCUGGGCUGUCCAGCCAAUGACAACUCCAUGGUCACCGAGUACACGCUGGCCAACACGAGACACGAGGCUGUGACGCACCUGCCGAUGAACUUCACCACCUGCAACUCCAAUUGCCACUGUGACUACGUCAAGUACUCGCCAGUGUGCGGCGCCGACGGGAAGACCUUCAUCUCCGCCUGUCACGCGGGCUGCAAGCAGCAAAUCCUCACUGAGUCCGGCAAAAUUUUCACCGACUGCAGUUGUGUGAGCAGUCGAAAUCAAUCUCUGUCCUUUGGCAACUACAGCACAAGCUGGGAAGAGGAUUUCCCCACGCAAGCCCCGGAAGUGCCAAGAGGCGGCUUCGCCACGCCCGGAUCCUGCCCUGUGGAUUGCUACAAGCAGUUCUAUCUCUUCCUCAUCGUCAUGUGCUUCAUCAAGUUCACAGGCGCCACGGGAAGAGCGUCCAACUUCCUCGUCUCCGUGCGAUGCGUGGAGGAGAAGGACAAGCCCGUGGCCAUGGGCUUCAGCCUCAUGAUCAUGAGCCUCUUCUCCUUUAUCCCCAGUCCAAUCUUCUUCGGCGCCAUCCUGGACAAAACCUGCCUCGUGUGGGGCAAGACGUGCACGGGCACCGGGAAUUGCUGGCUCUACGACGGCGAAUCUCUGAGGUAUCUCAUGAACUUUACCGCCGCCGUGUUUGUGAUCAUUGGAACGCUGUUCGACUGUGGCGUGUGGUUCUACGUGAAGGAUCUCAAGAUCUUCGACGACGAGGCGAAUGAAACGGAGCUGAAGGAGGUGAAGAAGGAGGAGAAGAAGCUUCCUGAGAAGCAGUAACGCACUUUCUUUGUUAUAAUCCCAAUAUAGAUACUUUUUGUGUAAAUAAA